UCCUUUUACUCAUUUUUGUUCACGACCGUCGAGCAGACCCAGCGGUGGAGAGAGAGGAGUCAAGUGAGGAGAAAAACCGAGAAGGGUCCAACACCGAGGAACAAAAACACACCGAUCUGGACUAGUCCGCGAAGCCCCCCGCGUGUUUGACUCUGGUUUGCCCCAUCAUUGUUGCUUUGAUAACAGGAGUCCAGGAUGGCGAUGCAAAUGGGAGAGAUGGACGGUGGCAUGGCCAAGGUGGCAGAGUGGCAGCAGACGAUCUAUACACACGACUCAGGCAUCCAGUCCGGAGCCACGUCGAUUAGAGAGGACGACAGGGAUUACACCACCGGGCAAUACACCAUGACCACCACUAUGACAUCAGGAGAGCCCGACUUGGAUGCUCAGUACACAAUGACCAGAGCCCAGCGAGUGAGAGCUGCAAUGUUUCCCGAGACACUGGAGUCGAGCACGACCAUCCUGUCAACUCAGACGGAUCCAGGUCAGAUGACCAACGUCCAGCGACUGGCCGAGCCCUCUCAGAUGCUCAAAACGGCCAUCAUCCAUCUGAUCAACUACCAGGACGAUGCCGAGUUAGCCACACGCGCCGUGCCCGAGCUCACAAAACUGCUCAACGACGAAGAUCAGGUGGUGGUUAGCAAGGCCGCGCAGAUCGUCAACCAGCUCACACGCAAGGAGGCGUCUCGGCACGCGCUGAUGCAGUCUCCCCAGAUGGUGGCGGCCGUGGUGCGGGCCAUGCAGAACACCAGCGACAUGGAGACGGCACGGGCCACCGCCAGCAUCCUCCACAACCUGUCCCACCAGAGGGAGGGCCUGCUCGCCAUCUUCAAGUCGGGGGGGAUUCCCGCGCUCGUCCGGAUGCUCAGCUCGCCCAUGGAGUCGGUCCUCUUCUACGCCAUCACCACGCUCCACAACCUGCUGCUGCACCAGGAGGGAGCCAAGAUGGCUGUUCGUCUGGCAGACGGACUGCAGAGGAUGGUCCCCCUCCUUAAGAAGACCAACCCCAAGUUUCUGGCCAUUACCACAGACUGUUUGCAGCUGCUGUCAUAUGGAAACCAAGAGAGCAAGCUGAUCAUUCUUGCCAACGGGGGUCCUGAGGGGCUUGUUAGCAUCAUGAGGAACUACAAUUACGAGAAGCUGCUGUGGACCACAAGCCGUGUGCUCAAAGUCCUUUCUGUGUGCCCCAGCAACAAACCAGCCAUUGUUGAAGCAGGUGGGAUGCAGGCUCUGGGUAAACACCUAACGGGCACCACCCAGCGUCUGAUGCAGAACUGCCUGUGGACACUCAGAAACCUGUCCGAUGCUGCCACCAAGCAGGAGGGAGUGGACAGCCUGCUGCAGGUGCUGGUGAACCUGUUGAGCUCCGACGACAUCAACAUGCUGACCUGCGCCACAGGCAUCUUGUCUAACCUAACGUGCAACAAUGCCCACAAUAAAUCUUUGGUCACCGAAAGCAACGGCGUGGAGUCACUAAUCAACGCCAUAUUGCGUGCUGGGGAGAAGGAGGAUGUCACUGAACCUGCUGUUUGCGCUCUGCGACAUCUGACCUCGCGCCACCAGCUUUCUGACAUUGCUCAGAACGCGGUCAGGACAUCCUACGGCAUCCCCGCCAUUGUCAAGCUGCUUAAUCAGCCCUACCACUGGCCAGUCAUCAAGGCUGCAGUUGGCCUCAUCCGUAACUUGGCUCUGUGCUGGGAGAACCAGGCCCCUCUGAGAGAUUCAGGAGUCAUCCCUCGUCUGGCCAACCUGCUAGUGAGAGCACACCAGGACGCCCAGAAACACGGCUCAUCCAACCAGCACGCGUACCAGGAUGGAGUUAGGAUGGAAGAGAUUGUGGAAGGUACCACAGGAGCGUUCCAUAUCCUGGCCAGAGAUCCCAUCAGCAGAGUAGAGAUCACCAACCUCGACACAGUUCCCCUUAUCGUCCAGCUUCUGUACUCUCCAGCGGAAAACAUGAAGCGUGCUGCAGCAGGUCUGCUCUGUGAGCUGGCUCUGGAUAAGCAGUCAGCUGAGAAAAUUGAUGCCGAGGGAGCAUCCGCUCCGUUGAUGGAGUUGCUUCAUUCCAAUAACGAGGGCAUUGCAACUUACGCUGCAGCUGUGCUGUUCCGCAUCUCCGAAGACAAGACAUCAGACUACAAGAAGCGAGUUUCAGUGGAGCUCACGCACUCUCUGUUCAAACAUGACCCUGCCACCUGGGAGAGGGCUCAUAACACAAUCCCCAAGGAAGGGCUUUAUCCAGAUGAGAUAGAUGCUGGUAUGCAGGGCUAUGGAGGCUACGGUGACAUGCCCCUAGACGACAUGAUGGAUGGAAAUAUGAUGCCUGCUGACUAUCCACCCGGCAUGGUGUACGACAGGCAGUACCCUGAACAAUAUUAAUGUGGACAUGGAAGAAGAUGGGAAAGAGGAAGCAGACAGGCGAAAGUGGACUGCAGCUGGAUAAAGAAAAGGAGAAUAUAGUCACAUGUAGACAUCAUUCCCUCUGCUCCCCCACCUGAUGUAAAAUAUGCAAGUAUCACAGAGUAUGGGACUUAUAAUCUUAACAGGGCUCAAUUUAUGUUUUAUAGAAUAAUUUUGCUGGUUAUAAUAAUGACGUUGAUGAUGCUUGUAGGUUUCUGUUAGAGAACCUUUCAGAGUGUGUUCAUGUGAGUACGUGUGUUUAUGCUUCUGGGUGGGUAUUCUAUGCCAAAGAGAUUUUAUUUUCUGAUGAUAAUCAUGUAGCUUCCUUUUUUUUUUUUCUUCUUUUUUUUUCUUUUGAAAUAAGAAAAAGAAACAAAACAAGAAUAAUAUUUGAAAACACUGCCGGAGGUGAUUCAACAUGCACGGUGCACCUACUCAAUGCUCCAGUUUAUUGCCUUUUUAACAGACACCACUGUCUUGGCGCUAGUGUAGUUUUGGCACUAUGUACUGGCGUCCUUCCCCCGCUGUGCAGCAGGAGUGGACGUGUUCACGGGAGCAGUGCAUGACUGCUCCCCACUCAUUGAAUCAGCUGAUGUGCGUUCCUCGGAGAGAGGGGGGGGGGGGUGAGCCAAGACCGUUGUUUAUUUUUAUGAUUCGUGCUCAUCUUUUAGAAGUUAUUUUACUUGGAGACAUUCACCUUACCUGUUAGAAUAUUAAAGGGGGCGUCUAUCAUUUUAAAGUCAAUUUUAAAGAGAGGAUCGUAUGUGAUUGUAGAUAAAAAAAAAAAAAAAACAACUUGCUUCAAUCAGACUUGCACAUUUGUGCACGUGAGAGAGUACAGUCUGGAUGGCCCUUCAGCUGCAGAAAACUACUGACAGGGACAUUUGUCUUUCUAUUUCAUAAGAGUUUUUACUGAAAUUUUGUUUAAUAAAAAUAAAGGAUAUAUUAAACAUG